AUGGCGGCCGCCGGCCACCGGCCCGCGCGCCGCACUGCGGCUGCGACGGCGCUGGCGCUGCUGGCGGGCGCCUGCUGGACCUUGCCCGGCACUGGGCCCGGCGAGGCGCGAGGCCGCGUCGCGGCCGCCUUCUGCCAGCCGCCGGCCGCCUCCGCUGCCGGCGCUGCGGGGGCACCCGUGCGCGCUCCGGAGAGGAGCGAGGCGGGGCGCCGCGGCGCCGCGGCCGCGUGGCUGUCCGCCCUCGCGGGCGGCGCGGCGCCAUGCGCGGCGCAAAUCGUGUCGUUCAGCGACGUGAAGGAUGGGGACGCCGUGGCGUCCUACGCCUUCGACGUCGCCGAGGCGCAGAUCGCCGACGAGGGCCAGAUGCUGUCCGAUAGCGCUCGCGGCUACCUGACGCAGGUGGCCGCCAAGCUGGAGACGAAUGCGCGCACCAAGCUCUUCUUGCUAACGGUGCCAGAGUUCUCUGCGGCCGACGGCGCAGACGUAGAGAGGACGCAGUUCCUGCGCACCAUGCGCCUCGGCCUGGGCAUCGAUUCGCAGAGCGUGCUGCUCGUGGCCGACCGGCGCUCCCGCGCUGGGCCGCUGCAGGUGAGCGUCGGGGACCAGGUGUCUCCCGCCGUGAGCAAGGAGUUCGUCGCCAGCGUGCAAAGGACGUUUGGCAGCCCCGAUUUUGUGGCCAAGGCGGGCUCCGAGGGUGCGCUCAGGGCCGCAUUCGAGAACCUCGCGGCCUGCAUAUUUCGGGCCCACGUCAGGGCGAAAUGA